AGAGGACUUCACAACGUUUUCCACCUCACUAUGGAUUGUUGACUUUGGGUCGUGUUUAUUUUCCAACCAAAUUCAAUUUGGGCUGAAGGAAAUGAUUCCAGAGCUCCGCCACCGUCAUGUCAGACCUAAGAUGCGACGAGGCUGAAGUGAGCCAGUGUCCAGUGCUGUGGCGCCGCCUGCUGUGUGAGUGAGGAAGAGCAGGCAGGAUGAGGAACGCUGUGGAGGAAGGGAUGAACCUUGUCAUCGUCAACCACUACAACUAUUCAGGCAAAUGGGAGCGGCCUCGCAGCAGCGGGGCCUGCAAGACGGCCGUGCUGCUCUGCAUCUGUGUCUUCAUCGUGCUGGAGAACCUCACCGUCCUUCUGGCCCUCUGGAGGAACAAACGCUUCCACAGCCGCAUGUACUUCCUCAUUGGAAACUUGGCGCUGUCCGACCUGCUGGCCGGCGUGGCCUAUGUGGUGAACAUUUUCACCUCCGGAAACAGCACCUUCUUCCUGACACCAGUGCAGUGGCUGGCCAGAGAGGGCAGCAUGUUCGUGGCCCUCAGCGCCUCCACCUUCAGUCUCCUGGCCAUUGGAAUAGAGAGGCACAUGACCAUGGUUCGCCUGCGACCUUGUGAGACGGCGGGUCGAGGGAGGCUUCUGGGACUGCUGGCAGCCUGCUGGUUGGUGUCAGUUCUGCUGAGUGCCCUUCCCAGCCUUGGAUGGAACUGCCUGGACAACAUGACCUCCUGCUCCACCGUACUGCCCCUCUACGCUAAGAGCUAUGUGGCUUUCUGCAUCAGCGUCUUCAGUGCUCUGCUGGUGGCCAUCAUCAUCCUCUACAUCCGGAUCUACCGCCUGGUGACCUCUAGCGGACGUAGGGUCAGCAGCAGGCCCUCGGAGCGCUCGCUCGCUCUGCUGCGGACUGUGGUGAUCGUCCUCGGGGUCUUCGUCAUAUGCUGGUCGCCGCUCUUCCUUCUCCUUCUUCUGGAUGUGGGCUGCAGCCCCAACGUGUGCCCUGUUCUGUACCAGGUGGACUGGUUCAUCGCACUAGCCGUGCUCAACUCCGCCCUCAACCCUCUGAUAUACACUCUGACCAGCAGGGAGAUGAGGGCCGCCUUCUUCCGCCUGCUGUGCUGCUGCCAGAGCAGCAUGGAUGCUGUCGGGACUCCUGUGCCAGGGAACCCUCACAUCGGCACUGCCAUCCCCACAGCUGAGAACAGUAAGACUAGUCUGGGGGGAGGAGCUGGCAGUGGGGGAGGGAAGGCGAUGCUCAACAGAGGGAACGUUUCAUCAUCCAUCAACACUGAGAACAAACAUGGAGACCCGUCUGGCCCAGCGGUGCAGCAUCCGUCCGGACCUGCAGACCUGCUGUCAGCAGUGCUGGUCAAAGCUGGGGCGCUGCCAUCACUCAGCAAGUUCUGAAACACCUCGCAUUUCCACCCCUGAGCUGAAUAAGUUACACUGAAAUGAAACAUACAAAAUGUAGGACUGCAACAACUCGUCAGUCAUCCAGAGCCAACCAUUAAAUAAGUUGCUUCACACGUCAACUAGUCAUGACAUCAUCCCUGUCGAUUCCACACUUUCCACCCAAAACAUUGGAAGUAUUUUACAACAGACACAUCAGACUAAAGUAAGAGGCAACAUCUCAACUUUCAAACCACAAACCACAUUUUAGCUACUAUUCACAAGACUAAAGUUGGUGCGGUGUGUUGGUCAGAUGCUAACUAGAUGACAAGUCAUUGAGAUAGUCAGUGAUCCAGAAAACACAUUCAAACCUUUGGUGUGGCACAAUUAUAGCAGAGACUUGCAGCAUUCACACUCUGUCUCUUCACUCUCUCCCUGUAGCACAACAAAUUGGGAUGGUCAUGUGGAGCGUACCAACUUCUAUACAGUUCAUUUAAAGCCACUUUAUUUAUCAUAUUUUAUUAACAUCUCCGCAAACCAUUGAAAUGUACAAGGAUUGUGAUUUGGCUCAAGCUUAAACCAAGGUUAUUCUGUCUAUCGCCUCCAACAGCAGUUUUAUUGAUGCUACUUGGUAAUGCAUUUAUUUUCUAUGAAAACGUUUUUUUUCCUCUUGAAUAUAUUUUGUGCUUUGUGUGCAUAAAAACCCCAACGGUACUGGGAUUGUAUUCAUUUGUUUGUGUGUUUUGAUGCACUGGUUUAGACGGAAAAUCACUCACAGCAUUGUUGCCACCUGCUGAAAACUGUUCCCAUUCUGCCACAGUUACAAGAGUAAAUAUCGCCAUAUUGGAGUUGUGAAGGUCACUUGUUGGUGAGGCUCAAAACAUGACAAGUCGUGUGUCACGUAGUUAUCUUAAAAAUGGCACAGUGACUGGUGUGUGGUUUCAAAGGCUGGCACCUUAUUAUGUUCAUGUUUGUGUUCGACACCCACAUUCUUUUUUAUGGGGAACUACAGCAAGAAGAUGAUCCGUGUUCAGAAUUCUCAGCAGACUAGCGGCCUCCUGUGGCUGUAAUUUUCAGCGCAUGCAAAAGAUUUAUCAGCAACAUGGACUACUUUAUUCAUAUUGUGAACUUUUGAAACCACUUUUGUAGAGUAAGCAACAAAACGUGUAGUUUAUCCAAACAGUAUUUUGGUCUUAAGCACACAUCGAAUUGAAAGUACAAUAUUAAUUGAAAAACUAUUAUUAACUGAAUGUGUUUAUUUACCGAGACUGAAGUUGUCAUGCGGCGUUGGUCCUGAUGGGGGCGUCAGAGGAAAAGCAAUGACAGAAUUCAUCUGGUGUCGCUGCUGUUGACGGGGUCUCCAAUCUAGAAGUGCAUUAUUAUUAGUAUCUAAUAAUUUCUGUUUUUUUCUGCACACGUCUGAACCACUCACACGCAGACUAACCACUAGUGAAGAGGAGAUGUGAAUAAUUUAUCAGUGUUAGACUGGCGAUGACGUUUGUGCCGAGGGAGUUGUGGUGCCUGAUUCCAUUAUGUAGCAAAUAUAAUAAAGCAACUGCUCCAUUUUAUAAGCAUCUCAUGUGUGUCAUGUGCUGAUAUUGAAUCAGUGACUCACUGGCAGCCACUGCUCUGUGGCCCAGAGCGCGCGCCCAUCCAUCCUGUUCUUCGUUGUUUCUUUGUUAGUACAGUCGCUGUUUUGUUUUGUUUUGUUUUGUUUUUAAGAAAGUAACGCAAAACAUAGAUAGGUAAUUUUAUACUUCAGUCGCCAGAUUC